AUGGUGCGGAUUAAUGUCUUAAGCGACGCUCUAAACUCUAUUUGCAAUGCGGAAAGACGAGGAAAGCGGCAGGUUCUUCUCCGUCCCUCAUCGAAAGUUAUUGUAAAGUUUCUCACUGUUAUGAUGAAACAUGGUAGGUGUAAUGGCGUCUGUUUCCUCUUCUGAUCUUGUAGAACUACGAAGAAAAUUUUGUUAGUGCUAGAAACACGUGCCACAAGCCCUAUUUAUAUCGUAUGGUAUGUUUUGAGUUUACUUGGGUGGUGUAAUGAGAAUUAUUUUCUCUGAUAGUUCUCGUCAGCUGUGAAACUGUUGUCUGUGCUCAGCUGAUGGCUUUACAUCUACAUCCUUACAACUUUAAUCUUUUACGGUUUCACAUGUAGGUCAUGAUCAGACGAACGUGACACAUACAUCGCGGUUUUUCCUUGUUUUGUAUUUUAUCAGGUUGAUUACUGGGUAAAGGUAGUAAGAAAAAUAAGCAAUUAUUUCUUGUCUGGUGUAUAUACUUUGGAGCAACUACAGACUAAUUGUAUGAGUUUCACAUAAGUAGCUCAGGUCUAGUUCAAACGUCAAACUUUUCACGUACCAAGCAUAAUUCUUCAAUCAAGUACAUGAGGAGAUCGACAUUUUAAUCAAUAAAGUCAGACGUGUCUUAUCAUGAAUUAAGUUCGAGUAACCCACAUGGGAAUUUCGACCAUGGAGCAACUCUGUUUCAAUCGUCAAACUUUUUGUGUACCAAAUCCAAUGUAUAAAUUACUAUAAUUUGUUUUGAUUGGUAAGCAUUGUAGAACAUUGUACAUUGUGAAAGUGACUUGAGGCUGACUUAUAAACGUGGACAUUUGAAUCAACUGUCAGACUUGUAUAAUUUGGAUCAACCCAAACAGGUGUUAAGUUUGAUACAUGAAAUGGUCGCUACUGCUUUUCACAUAAGACAAUCAGUCGGUAAUAGGACCUUUGCAGCUAGCCAUUCACGUGGUAAAAAACCACGGUGCUGGAGAGCUAAAGUCGCACUGGGACAAGACAAACAAAGAAAAUUACCAUUUCAAAUUAUGUAUGUCUUUUGUUUGUCUUGUCCCAGUGCAACUUUUGUUCUCCAGUGUGGUGGUUUUGUACCACAUGAAUGGCUAGCUGCAAUGGACCUAUUCUUGAUUGAUUGAUAUUGAUCAAUCAGUCAAUGGAAAUUGAUGGUCACAACUUUUUUCACUGUUUGCACCAUCUUUUUCAUGGAUUUAACCAUGUUAUUAUUCAAUAUCAUUGCCUUAUGGUGUUCAACUUGAACCGUUUCCAAACAUUGAAUGUUGCAGUCAAACCUCUAGUAAGGGGAUAAAAAAAAGUGGUUGUUGCUCACUUGUAGGAGUUGGUAGCUCACAAAAGGUUCAUUAGGAGCCACUCGUGAAAUUUACUGACAAAAUUGUUUCUUUUCAGGUUAUAUUGGGGAAUUUGAAAUUGUGGAUGACCAUAGAGCUGGCAAAAUUGUAGUCAACUUGACAGGACGCUUGAACAAGGUUUGAUUCUAUUAAUUUUUCAAUACAGUCUCUCUCCUGUUCUUGUUCUGUGAACAAUGCUGUUAUAACAAGGUUGCAUUAGCUAUUUGCUGUAGAUGUGACCACAUUAGUCAUUUGUGAGAGCUUUGGCUGUUUUUAUUUGAGGUAAUUCCCUUGAAAAUGAUCUGCUUUCCAGAUUUUUUUCAAACUUGGCACAAUAAUUGACAGCCAUAUAUAGGACAUUGAAGAACUGCAGCAAAAAGAUGGGGUAACCCUGCCUGUUUUUGUCCUGCGUGCGCAUAAUUCUGAGCAUUUUCCCCGGUUGGGUGUGAAAUGUUCAAAACUUGAACAACCGUCAAAAAUUUGUUAUCAUAUGGCAAAAACUAGAAAUCAUAAUGAAACCUAGGGACCAUUUGUUUGUCUGUGCUAUAAUUUCUCAGUAAUGUGACUUUUUAAUUACCUGAUCUUGCACAUGGUCUGAAAUUAACUUUUUUUAUGGAUGCCAACUGGCAACUAAAUAUGAAUUUUUGGCUGCCAGAUGGCCAAUCGUGGUCACCAAAAAUUUUCUUGUACAAUAAAAUGUAAAAAAGCAUGGUUUAGACAUUUCUGUGUUCAAAAAGAGCCCCACUCUAGUCAUCAGAAAGGAACGUAUGUGUAUAGCAUUUCCGUUUUCGUUUUAACAAAUUACCUUUUUGAGUGAAAAAAUACCCAGCCUAGACUUCAAAGAUGUACGGUUUCACUUUCGUAGCCCAGGUGUCCAAAUGUUCCACAAAAUUCUUGGCACUUUUUUCAUCUCCACUUUGCAAUAAAAAAGAAAAGAUUGGAGUGUCUUCACAGAAACUUCGUCUGAAUGAAUAUUCAGAGCACAUGGUAUUAAGCACCGGCAUUCUGAGAUAAACUGCUGGAGAUAAACAUAGUGGCUUGGCAACGUUCACAUUGCAUUGCUCGCAGAUCUUGUGGAGGUAGUUCCAGAGAAAAACUCAUUUCAGUUUAUUCCUAAAACAUUAACAAGGUAAAAAGUAAGACACCUGUCAGUGAAAGGGACUAAAUCAUACUUUUAAUCAGUUUCUAUGAAUGUUGAAGUUAACAAUAACAAUAUGAAUAACAGUGCUACAUGGUAAGUUGCCCGCUGAAUUCUGGUUGCCAUUAUUAAAUUUUUAGGCGCAAUAUCUGACCCUUUGCAAAAACAUAAAAAAAUUAGACAUUUUUGACAUUAUCUUAAACUCCUCUGUGGCUUCAAACGGGGGGUUGCACGUCAUUCGUCUCUAAAUAAUAGGACUUCUCCCGUCCAUGUUUUUACCUCCUUUAAAUAUAUUUUUCUUGUGGUCAUAAAAAGUAAAAAACACCCAUAGAAAGGGGUCUCUUUGCACGUCAUUCAUCUCUAAAUAAUACAACUUCUUCCAUCUAUUUUUUUUUUACCUCCUUUAAAUAUAUUUUUCUUGUAGUCAUAACAAGUGAAAAACACCCAUAAAAGGGGUUCACCACUCUCCUUUCGUCACAAAAAGACUUCAAAGAAACAAAUUCAUCUUCAAAUUAUCAGUUUGUGCAAAGGGACUAAGGCGGGUCCCAAGACCAACACUAGUUUAGCCAGGAAGAGUUAUCAAAAUUGCUGUUAAAACUAUUUAGACUACAGAAGGGGCCUUUUUUGAAGUUGAAGUUACCUCUCUUAAAGCUUAAUAGGUGAUCUUCAAAACGGCAGUUAUUGUCACACUGUUAUGCGCAAUAUUAGGUGAUGAGCAAUGCGAAACAAAGGAAUUAGUCGGUAAGAGUAGUUGCAAAGUGAGAAGUGGAUUCAGAUUUAAACAUGAGAUACCAUGAAGGCACACUAGCAUCCAUCCACACCAUAACAAUGAAGACUAGAGCAAUGCAUCUUGAUAAAUCAUCAUCUUCCUUUUUUUAGUGUGGUGUUAUAAGUCCUCGUUAUGACUUGAAAGUUCACGAUAUUGAACAGUGGGCAAGCAAUCUCUUGCCAUCGAGACAGUUUGGGUAAGUGAGCAUACACAUGUGGUUACCUGUCAGGUUUUGAUAGUCAUUUAAAUGUAAUGUAAUGGGUUUUGUUAUCCCACGUUGUAGUCUGUUCAAUUGAUUGUUUAAAAUGAUAGGAUUUUGUGUAUAGGAGGAACUGUACCAUGGGUGCAACUGCUGGGGGGGGGGGAUGGGGAGAGGGGUCUUUAAGGGUGUUGGCCAAAGAAUGAGUGGUGGAAACUAUCGGCAACUGUCGCGUUGCUGCCACCUUGCGUUACAGAUACCCAAUAAUACAAUCAAGGGCUAAAUCCCAGCAAAAUUAAUUACAUAACGUAGUUUGACUGGACUAAAUUCCCUUUAUUGCAGCUCUCACUUUUAAGGACACUACAUGCAACUUGUAGUCCGAGGGGUGUCAGCAUUAAAGGGAUUUGACUGUAUUAGUUACUCCUCUGGUUUUUGUUACCUCUUAAGGGUUAAAAUGAAUUAAAGCAAUGGCCAUAAAGCAACAUUUUGGGAUCCUUUCCAAUAAGCACCCUGCUCCCCCCUGCUCCCCACCUCCUCCCCAAAUCCAGGGUGCUUUCAGGCCACUGAUGAGGCAUUAAAUAUUAUUAAUUAUGUCAGUCAAGAUUCAGACUGUAUGAUUGUGUUUACAGAUACCUUGUCCUUACUACCUCCAGCGGCAUCAUGGACCAUGAAGAGGCCAGGAGAAAGCACACUGGUGGAAAAAUUCUAGGGUUUUUCUACUGA